AUGAACUAUAGCCGAGUCAUGAGUUCUGUGGUAAUUUUCCCGUUUAAUAACAUGCCUUCUUCAAUUAUUGAUACUCACUACGAUAAUAGACCGUUAAUCCACUUGACGCCAAACGUUGGAUGGAUGAAUGAUCCAAACGGCUUAUUUUAUGAUAAGAAAACUCGUGUUUGGCAUGCAUACUACCAGUAUAACCCAAAUGAUACAGUUUGGGGGACACCACUAUACUGGGGCCACUCUACUUCUAAGGAUUUGACACAUUGGCAAGAGCACGAGGUUGCUCUUGGUCCUCAAAACGAUGAUGAAGCGAUUUUCUCUGGAAGCAUUGUUAUUGAUCACAACAACACAUCAGAAUUUUUUGACGAAUCUGUUGACGAAGCUCAAAGAAUUGUUGCUAUUUAUACUAAUGCUGCUCCUGAUUCCCAAACACAAGACAUAGCUUACUCGUUAGAUGGAGGAGAAACCUAUAUUAAAUAUAAAAAUAAUCCCGUCAUAGAUGUAAACUCUUCUCAAUUCCGUGAUCCAAAAGUUUUCUGGCAUGAGGAAUCUCAUCAAUGGGUAAUGGUUGUCCUGAAGUCUCAAGAAUAUAAAGUGCAAAUAUUUGGUUCUCCUGAUUUGAAAACCUGGAACUUGCAUUCCAGCUUUACAUCAGGAUAUUUAGGUAAUCAGUAUGAAUGUCCAGGGUUAAGUAAAAUUCCUAUCGAAGGAACUGAUGAUUACAAAUGGGUUAUGUUUUUGGCAAUUAACCCCGGGUCGCCAAAUGGCGGAUCUUGCAAUCAAUACUUUAUUGGGGAAUUUGAUGGCUUUGAAUUUAAACAAGAUGAUUCGAUUACUAGGUUUAUGGAUUCUGGUAAAGAUUUUUACGCUUUCCAGACAUUUAGUGAUAAUGAAAAAGAUGUCAUUGGAUUAGCAUGGGCAUCUAAUUGGCAGUAUGCUAAUGUUGUUCCCACUAAUCCUUGGAGAAGUUCAAUGUCCUUGGCUAGAAAGUAUACUUUGGACUAUGUUAACCACAAUACUGAAACUAAAGUAUUGACUUUGAAACAAACACCCAUUGUAAACAAUCUUGAUGUUACGAACAAAGUUGAGAGAUAUAAUCAUGAAUUGACUGCUAAGAAUAGGGUGAUUACAAAUUUCAAGUCUGCCUCGGGGUUGCUUGAUUUCAAUAUCACAUUUCAGAUUGCUAGGGAUGACUGUGGAGGAAAAGUUAAUGCCAAUUUAGAAAUUUUGAUCCAUUCCCAGGCUUCGAACUCGGACACUGACUCUAUAAAAGUGGGAUUUGACAGGAAUGUUUCCGCAUUUUACUUUGACCGUGAUAUUCCGGAUGUCGAAUUUAACAAGAACCCAUUUUUCACAAAUAAAUUAUCAACUUACGUCGAACCAGCUGAUUAUGAUGAAGAUGGUAAUCCAAUCUAUAAGAUCUAUGGAAUCGUGGACAAGAACAUUAUAGAGCUAUAUUUUAAUGAUGGUACGCAAACCAUGACAAACACGUUUUUCAUGGGAGAAGGUAAAAUUCCACAACAAAUCGAAGUUUCGUGUAAUGUAGAUGGCAUAUUCAAAUUGCAAAACUUGUUUAUUCGAGAAUUGAAAUAA